AAUGAAGCUUAUAAUCCUUUUGUGCCUUGUUGCCUCAAGCUAUGCUUUAAUUGGAAAUACCCAAUCGGCUGGAGUACGUGGAAAACUGAUCUGCAAUGGAAAACCAGCUGUUGGAGUUUUGGUCAAGUUGUAUGAUGAUGAUAGAGGAAUCGAUGCCGAUGAUUUGAUGGCUUCUGGAAAGACCAAUGGCAACGGAGAUUUUGAAAUUUCUGGACACGAAGAUGAAGUGACUCCAAUCGACCCAAAACUUAACAUUUACCAUGACUGCAAUGAUGGAAUUAAGCCCUGCCAACGCAAGUUCACUAUCAAGAUCCCAGAUAGCUACAUCAACAAGGGAAAGACUGUCCGUAAUAUUUACGAUGCCGGAGUCAUUCAACUUGCUGGAUCUUUCCCAGGAGAAGGACGUGACUGUCUUCACUAAACUUACCAACUUAUAUAUACUCUUUUUUCUUGAAAUAAAUCUUUUUAAAAUAAC